AUGAGCACGGGGCAGGGAGAUUACGCUGGCCAAAAGCCCGUCGGGGGUGGUGGCGGUGGGAAUAGGCGCCAGCUUCCUUUGCGGGGGCAUGAGGACCUAAACCCAUGGCAGAGGAGGGGGGAGAAGCCGGCUCCAGGGCAGGCUGACCCGUCUGACAGGAGCCCCAGGGCUGGUCCCACCACAACCGUGUCUCCUCAGGCUCGGCCUCGGGAGGCAGCGGCAGACGGCGGCCCCGACAAAGCGCUGGCGUUUUUCCACCACCCCGUCAGGCUGCUGUGGCCUAGAUCCAAGUCCUUUGACUAUCUGUAUGCCGUGGGGGAGAAGCUGCUGCAGAACUUCCCCGUGCAGGCAACCCUCUGCCUCUACGAAGACUCAGGCAGUGAGGAGGAUGAAGAAGAGGAGGAUGAAGAAGAGGAGGAUGAAGAGGAGGAAGAGGCAGGGGCCAUGCCUGCAGGCUCCCCGCCGCAUGCAGGCAGUGCUGCCAGGCCGGCGUGAGGGCACCGCGGAGGUGCGGGCA